CGACGACGACGUGUUUUGUGUGUGGGGUAUUAUUAUCGUUUUUGUUUUUUAUUUUUAUUCAUUUAUUAUUGCGCUUUUCGAUCAACAAAUACAUAAAUAAUAUUAUAUAUGCACUUAUACACAUAUACAUAAUAAAAUAUUUAAAAAAAAAAAAAAACUAUAAAUUUUUUUUUUUUAUAUUUUAAUUAUUUUUCUUGUAUUUCUUUUUCUUGUGAUAUUCGUAAAUUGAGAAAAAAUUAUUUUAAAUUUUUUGGAACUUAACAAAAGAAAUUAACAUCGAUUAAAGCUCAUUCAGUGAACGCUUCUCAUCCGAGAAACUCAUAUGGAUUAAAAAAAAUUUUAUAUAUAUUUAAAAUAAAAAAUAUUUAAUUUAAAUAUUUAAAAAAAAAAUAUAUUAAAAAAAAAAAUAAAUAUACUUAAAAAUACAAGCGCGACUUGUGGACGGUGUUGUCUCGAAUUCUCGAAUUUGUGCUAACUUUUUUUUAAGUUUCAUUUUUUUUUUAUUUUAUUGUAAACGUAGCCGAUUUUUUUCCAAUAAAUAUUAAUAAAAUAAAAAUAAAAAACACAUAAUGGCAAAAAAUUUAAUAGUUUUUGCCAUUUUAGCGAUUGCUUUAACAUCGACGGUGUCAGCAGUACGUGUCAAAAGACAAGCAGCAGAAGAACCAAAGAAAGAAGAAACUUUUGAACAAGAAUUAUGUAAAGAUAAAGAUGCUGGUGAAUGGUUUAGGCUGGUAGCUGGAGAAGGUGAUAAUUGUCGUGAUGUUAUUCAAUGUACAUCAUCUGGUCUUCAAGCUAUUCGUUGUCCAGCCGGUUUAUUCUUUGAUAUUGAAAAACAAACAUGUGAUUGGAAAGAUUCAGUUAAAAAUUGUAAAUUAAAGAAUAAAGAACGUAAAGUAAAACCAUUAUUACAUACAGAUGAGCCACUUUGUUCAGAUGGUUUCUUAGCUUGCGGUGAUGGUCAAUGUAUAGAACGUGGUCUUUUCUGUAAUGGUGAAAAAGAUUGUUCAGAUGGUUCUGAUGAAAAUACUUGCGAUAUUGACAAUGAUCCAAAUCGUGCUCCACCAUGUGACCCUGCCGUAUGUGUUUUACCUGAUUGUUUCUGCUCAGAAGAUGGCACAACAAUACCCGGUGAUUUACCAGCAAAAGAUGUUCCAAUGAUGAUAACAAUAACAUUUGAUGAUGCUAUUAAUAAUAAUAAUAUUGAAUUAUAUAAGGAAAUCUUCAAAAAUCGUAAAAAUCCAAAUGGUUGUGAUAUUAAGGCAACAUUCUUCGUUUCACAUAAAUACACAAACUAUUCAGCUGUACAAGAGACUGCAAGAAAAGGACAUGAAAUAGCUGUACAUUCAAUUACACAUAAUGAUGAAGAACGUUUCUGGUCAAAUGCAACAGUUGAUGAUUGGGCUAAAGAAAUGGCUGGUAUGCGUAUAAUUAUUGAAAAAUUCGCUAAUAUUACUGAUAAUUCAGUUGUUGGUGUAAGAGCACCAUAUUUACGUGUUGGUGGCAAUAAUCAAUUUACGAUGAUGGAAGAACAAGCAUUUUUAUAUGACUCAACAAUUACAGCACCACUUGCUAAUCCACCAUUAUGGCCAUAUACAAUGUAUUUCCGUAUGCCACAUCGUUGUCAUGGUAACUUACAAAAUUGUCCAACAAGAUCACAUGCUGUAUGGGAAAUGGUAAUGAAUGAAUUAGAUCGUCGUGAAGAUCCUGGUAAUGAUGAAAAUAUUCCUGGAUGUGCUAUGGUUGAUUCAUGUUCAAAUAUAUUAACUGGUGAUCAAUUUUAUAAUUUCUUAAAUCAUAAUUUCGAUCGUCAUUACGAACAAAAUCGUGCACCAUUAGGUUUAUAUUUCCAUGCUGCAUGGUUAAAAAAUAAUCCAGAAUUUUUGGAUGCAUUCUUAUAUUGGAUUGAUGAAAUCUUAGGUUCACAUAAUGAUGUAUAUUUUGUAACAAUGACACAAGUUAUCCAAUGGAUACAAAAUCCAAGAACAGUUUCUGAAGUUAAAAAUUUCGAACCAUGGAGAGAAAAAUGUUCAGUUGAUGGUAAACCAGCUUGUUGGGUACCAAAUUCAUGUAAAUUAACAUCAAAAGAAGUACCCGGAGAAACAAUUAAUUUACAAACAUGCGUUAGAUGUCCUGCCAAUUAUCCAUGGAUUAGUGACCCAACUGGUGAUGGUUUCUUCUAAGUCAAUUACUAAGUAAAAUAUUAUAAAAUAUCUAAUAUAUCUACAUUAACAAAACAGAAAAA